AUGGCGGAGGCUCACUCGCCCGCAAAGGCUGAGGAGCCAUGGACGCUGCAGCAGCUCAUCUCGAUCGUGAGUGGCUUCAUUGGUUCCAUCUUGUCGCUGAACGCAUACUCACAGCUUCGAGAGGCCAGCAAGCAGCGAGAGGCAAUUGCGCGUGUGAGCACAAAGCCGAAGGUGUCUUCAAGCAGUUUGGGCAGUUACAAGAACGCUCGGAUUGUACAGCAGUUGGGGGGCUCGUUGCUCGAUGCGGAAGCAGAAUCUCCGCUUUUCUCCUUAGGGCCGGUUCCAGCUUGCACGGCAGCUUCGAACUUGAAUAGUCCCGGCCGCCACUUCACAAUCAUCACGACCGCAGCACUCCCGUGGCGCACAGGCACUGCCGUGAACCCGCUCCUGAGGGCUCUGUGCCUGGCCGAGCGGGGGAAGCCUGUGAUCCUGUACCUGCCUUUCUUGGAGGCGGAAGAGGAUCAGGCGUGCGUCUUUGCCAAGGAUGUGCGCUUUGAGACCCCAGAGGAGCAGGAGGUGACCGUGCGGGAGUGGUGUGAGGAGCGAGCCAAGGUGGACCUGCACAAGGUCGAUCUCAAGUUCCGAUGGUACCCUGCCAAAUAUGUGGUGUCCUUGGGCAGCAUUUUUCCGACUGGCGACUGCACGAAAAGCAUUCUGGACACCGACCCCAAGGAUGUCUUAAUUCUCGAGGAGCCAGAACACCUGUGCUGGUUUCACUAUGGCCAGCGCUGGCCAAACUUGUUCCGGCACGUUAUUGGAAUUGUGCACACGAACUAUUCGGACUACAUGAACAUCGUCAACUCUUCCAGCAGUUGGGUGGCAGGGAGAAUGCCCGUGGAGUUGAAGGAGGCCUCGGUGUUUACAGCCUCGACCAUCGUCUGCAGUGCCUACUGCGACGUGAACAUCAAGCUCUCAGACACCAUCAUGCCUCUCCCAAACGAGGUCACGUGCAACGUCCACGGAGUCAGGUCUGACUUCCUGCAAAUCGGAGACAGGAGCCAUGUGCAAAGAGAAGGUGCAGCUCGUGCCUACUACCUUGGCAAGGCGCUCUAUCCGAAAGGUUGGCGGGAGCUCUUAGACCUCAUUGUGGCCGCUGGGUCCGAUCUGGCCGGAAUCAAAGUGGAUGGCUAUGGAUCAGGUCCGGAUGGCGAGAGUAUCAGACUCGAGGCGGCAUCUCUGCCUGAAAACGGAGCGCUGCUGAACAUGAACCCGGGUAUCGACCAUGCAGACGAGACGAUUCAUGGGUAUGGUGUCCUCGUGAACCCAUCCACCACCGACGUCUUGUGCACCGUGAGCGUGGAAGCACUGGCCAUGGGAAAGCACCUCGUCCUGGCGCGCCACGUGUCCAACCGCUUCUUCGAGCAGUUCAAGGACAGAUGUCACUUCUUCGAGAUCGGCGAUGCCGACAGCUUCGUGAAGGCAUUCCAGGCUGCUUUGGCUGCAGGUGAUCCCACGCCGCUUCCACCGGAGCAGCGACGCAUCCUCACGUGGGAUGCAGCUACAGAUCGUCUCUUCGAAUCAGCCGAGGUUCGUGUCCUUUCAGGGCGCUACCAGCGCCCUUCAGAAGCAGCCGCGUCUAGACUUGCCUACCAGAUGCAUUUCGACAUGUUCAAAGAUGGCUCUGUCUUGGCUGAUGUUGUCCGCCAGAUUUCGAGCCCUGGCUGCCGUUUUUAG